AUGGCGGCGAUGGCGGCGGCGCUGCGGGGACCCGGCGCGCGCUUCCGGUGGCCGACGCGGGCCGUGGCGGGCGGGGUGCGGGGCGCGGCAGCAGGGCGGCAGGACUACGAUCUCCUGGUGAUUGGCGGGGGAUCCGGCGGCCUGGCCUGUGCUAAGGAAGCCGCUCAGCUGGGAAAGAAGGUGGCCUUGGCGGACUAUGUGGAGCCUUCCCCUAGAGGCACCAGGUGGGGCCUUGGCGGCACCUGUGUGAACGUCGGCUGCAUCCCCAAGAAGCUGAUGCACCAGGCGGCGCUGCUGGGGGGCAUGAUCCGAGACGCCCCCCACUAUGGCUGGGAGGUGGCGCAGUUGGUCCCACAUGAUUGGAGGAGAAUGGCAGAAGCUGUUCAAAACCACGUGAAAUCCCUGAACUGGGGGCACCGGGUCCAGCUGCAGGACAGAAAAGUCAAGUACUUUAACAUCAAGGCCAGCUUCGUCAAUGAACACACGGUCCGCGGUGUCACGAAAGACGGGAAAGAGACUCUGCUUUCGGCUGAGCACAUCGUCAUCGCAACUGGAGGGCGGCCGAGGUACCCCAUGAACAUCGAAGGUGCCUUGGAAUAUGGAAUUACAAGUGAUGACAUCUUCUGGCUGAAGGAAUCCCCUGGAAAAACGUUGGUGGUCGGGGCCAGCUACGUGGCCCUGGAGUGUGCCGGCUUCCUCACCGGGCUGGGACUGGAGACCACCGUCAUGAUGCGCAGCAUCCCCCUCCGGGGCUUUGACCAGCAAAUGUCUUCCUUGGUCACUGAGUACAUGGCAUCUCACGGCACCCAGUUCCUGAGGGGCUGCACCCCCUCAAGAGUGGGGAGGCUCCCGGAUGGCCAGCUCCAGGUCACCUGGGAGGACCUCACCUCUGGCAAGAAGGACAUGGGGACCUUUGACACUGUCCUGUGGGCCAUAGGUCGAGUUCCAGAAACCAGAAGUCUAGAUUUGGAGAAUGCUGGAGUGAAUACCAACCCCAACAGUCAGAAGAUCCUGGUUGACGCCCAGGAAGCCACCUCUGUCCCCAACAUCUACGCCAUCGGAGACGUAGCAGAGGGGCGGCCAGAGCUGACGCCCCCGGCGAUCAUGGCGGGGAGGCUCUUGGCCCAGCGGCUGUGCGGUCAGUCCUCAGACCUGAUGGACUAUGACAACGUCCCCACAACAGUCUUCACUCCUCUGGAAUAUGGCUGUGUGGGGCUGUCAGAGGAGGAGGCCGUGGCGCGCCACGGAGAGGAACACGUGGAGGUUUAUCAUGCAUAUUAUAAACCACUGGAGUUCAUGGUAGCUGAACGGGAUGCGUCCCAGUGUUACAUAAAGAUGGUGUGCCUGCGGGAGCCCCCACAGCUGGUGCUGGGCCUGCACUUCCUCGGCCCCAACGCAGGCGAAGUUACUCAAGGAUUUGCUCUGGGGAUCAAGUGUGGGGUCUCCUAUGCGCAGGUGAUGCGGACAGUGGGCAUCCACCCGACCUGUGCCGAGGAGGUGGCCAAGCUGCGCAUCUCCAAGCGCUCAGGCCUGGACCCCACGGUGACAGGCUGCUGAGGGUAAGCUGCCAUCCCUGCAGGCCCAGGGCGCAUGGCACUCCUGCCGCCCCACAGCCAAGCUCUUCGGAGGCUUGGA